AUGUUGUCGAAAUCCCAGAAAUUGCUAUUAGCGCAGCUUGUGAGGGAUAACAAAUCAGUUUUUUUGGCUCCAUUUUCCUCGACUGUAACGAAAAAGGCGAAACAGGAGGCGUGGGAAAGUAUCUUAAGACAACUGAAUGGUGUUGGAGCGAACGUCGACAACAUAAAAACCCUGAGAGAUGUUAUCUGGGCAAACAUUCGCCGCGGUACGAUAAAAAAAGUCAGUGACUCGAAAAAGACCGGUGCAAGAGGGAGUGAACUCACAGAGCUGGACGAUACAGUCCUUGAUAUACUUGGAAGAGAGAGGGCAAACUUGGAGCCUGUGAAGGUUGAAGACACACCAAUUGUGUUUGAGAGUGAAGAGGUUGUCUGCACUACACCUGAGACCGAAGGUGAGAUAAUUUAGAAUAACCAGAAACAACAUUUAUAAAUCAAAAUGUCCUUCUUUCGUUUCUCUGCGAGCAAGUUGUCAAUUUGAAGCUAGGUCAGGCGCGAUUAUCGCGUUCCCAAAUGAAAAUGUUUCUUUCUUACUUUAAUCGCAACUUAGCUUCGUUCAAACGCGAUGAGUUUAAAGAUGAGAUUUUCAUGUAUCUACCAAUCUUUUGUUCAUUUAGAUGCAAAAGCAAAGCAUGAAACAAAACCUUCAGCCAAACCAAAGGAAGCCAAAGAAGACAAAACAUCAGUAUUCCAAAAGCCUACCAUCAAAUCGAAGAAGGGGCUGAAAAGGGCCACUGUCAGUUCCACAGCAGAAUUAGAAGAAGACAUAUUACGAAUUAGGAAAAGAAAACUACUUUUAGAGUGUUCAAAGUUGUCCUUGGAGAUUAAAAUAAUGAAGAAAGAUUUCGAGGCGAUGGAUUAA